UGAGGCCUAGAAUAGCCAAAUGCGAUAAAUACGGAAUUCAUUGAUCACUUACCUCCCAUAUAUCGGAUGGGAAAUUUUUGGGUCGGGAGAAACCAACGACAAUUACUCAGGCUUCAAAGAUUGACCUGCAAACUGCAUGGUUACGAGUGCAAUACAGGGGAAAGGAAGUAAAUAAACUUCCAAAACAGCGGAUAUGGCAAACAACAGGGCGUCGACGUAUACACAAGCUACGACAUCAACGGAUGAUGAGGAGAAGAAGGAUAUGUGGUCGUCCAUGUUGGAUGGAGUUGCAAGUGGAAAACGAUUACCGGAGAAGAAUAUCCUUGUGCUAGGAGGAACCGCGGAUUCGCAGAAAGAAUUUCUAGAGGCUUUAUCGGUGGAUGAGACCAGGAAAUCUCAGGAUAGACAAAGUAGCAAACAACCUCCUAUUGCAAACAACUUUGCUUUGGGAUACACAUAUCAUGAUGUUUUGGAUGCGGAUCAUGAAGAUAUUUUGGCUCGAUUGUCCUUAUACUUACUUGCCGACCCUUCGCCCUCCUUCACACCUCUGAUGCAACCACUUCUCACACCACAAACAAUCCCAAAUACUCUUAUUGUCAUAUUACUAGACUGGUCGCAACCAUGGUUCUGGCUGAGAGAAUUACGGGACUGGAUACGUCUUCUGCGGCCGUUAUUGAUAUCUCUGGAUGAGGAUUGUAAGGAGAAAAUGGAAGAGGUUAUGAUUAGUUGGAGGGAUAGAGGGCGUGGUGGAAGCACCUUAGAUGGUGGAGGGAGCACUGCUACUGAGGGAGAUGUUAGCUUGCCGUUGGGUCCUGGAGAAUGGGAAGAGGCUUUGGUUUACCACUAUGCGUGGUUUGUCAAACGUAGUCUGACAAAAUCGAAAACGCUGGAGAAGGAACGGUCGUGGAGAGAAGAUGAGUUUGAUUACGUUCUACAGUAUUUGCGCACAAUUCUCCUCAAGCAUGGGGCAUCCCUCAUUUACACAACACCAGGGGUUAUUAGUCCUCUGCAAGGUUUAAUACACUCCUCUCUCGGCAUACAUUCUCUCCUCAAAAGGCAGCCUAUCAGACACAAUCUUAUUGAUCGCGACAAGGUAGUUGUGCCGCCAAAUUGGGACUCUUGGGGUAAAAUCCGAGUCCUGCGCGAAGGUUUCAACGUAGAGGAAGUGAACAAAGGCUGGUCACUUGAUAUCGAAGAAGAUUCAUCUAGCGAUGAUAGCAGUACACACUCACAACCACCGUUGCCAGUACCUGAAAGUGCGGUAUCAGCAUACGAAGAAGUUAUUCGAGAUCCCAGUCUCGAUGCCCUGCAAGCCACGUCUGCAGAAUCACAAGGUCUUAAGUUGGAAGUAUCUAGUCUUGAUGCUCAGAGUUUCCUGGCUUCUCAAGUCGAAAUUCUGCAUACAAUCAGUCAAGGGCCAGAUGUCUCGAGUGUAGAUAGUAGUCGCCUGGUUAAUGGUCGCAAAGUGUCUAGUGAAUAUGGGAAUGGCGAGGACAAAGCAUCGGAUGAAGGAAGAGUUAGUGAGCAUAUCGGCCCGGUACAGUUUAAUAUGGGCGGUAUUCAGGUCGAUGCCGAUGAUAUGUUGCAAAGAUUACGGGACCGACAAGCAUAUUCUUCACCAGAGUCAGCAGCACCAGGCACUCGUACUGAUCCAUCUGUGGAAGGCAAAGUUCAAAACGAAGCAUUAGCAUCUUUCUUUGCCGGGUUAAUGAAGCGAGGCGGAAGCGCGCAGGGUGGUCCUAAGCCAGGAGCUUCGUCUUGAGUGAGUGUAAACUCUGCCUCUUCAGAUUAACAUAGAAGAAACAAUGAGCCAGAGACUCUAUCCUGGCAUUCGCCACGUCAAUGUUUGAAAGCAGACAAUAAUGGAUGGUGGGGAGGCUGGGAGAGAGCCGUUGUUGAAAGAGGAAGAGUAGGUGCCUUUUUGCAUGAUACCCGGAGGGCUGGCUAGAUGUAAACUUAUACAUUUGUUCCAUAUCGAUGGAUUUUAUUCAGGCAGUUCGUGGUAUGCUUCUUGUAAAGAUAAGGUGAUAUGUUGGAGAGAAAGAUAUACUACUCUAAUUGAGGUCGAGAAGAAAAGUCGCAUUUUGUGACUUUCGAUUGAAGUCAAUAAAAUCACGAUAAUUAAUUAUUUCAGAUAUGCAACAA